AUGCAGUUCACCCCAGUCCCACCGCCCAACUUUGACCAGACCGGUCCACGUUUCCAAUAUCAAACCUUUAACACUACCUUCUCUCAACCCACCUCGACCUUCAACACUACCUUAACUCAACCCACCUCGACCUUCACGCCUGAUGACGUCUACUACCCAACCCUUCAACAAACCCAACCCGAAACCUACCCGCAACCACCGCAACCACCACACUCAUUCCAAAAAUUUUUGCUGACAGACGAGCAACUGAUGCACAUGCCGAAUUUUAACAUUGAUGAUCUUCUCGAUGAGCAACCAGGACCUUCUUCACGGCAAGCAAACCCCCCUACAACACAUCACAACAAAGACAUGUCUUUCGACUCAUCUCAAUCGCCUAAAAAUGAGCGUUUGGGCAGGGGAUAUAGAGAGCGAAGGACCACUAGGUGUGGAACUGGGGGUCAUCUUCGAUGA